UUAAGUAGGUAUCUUAAAAUAUGAGUAUCUUUUAUUUACAAUUCUGUCCUUGGUUACAGGACCCUCAAGUGUCUCUUUUCUACCAGGUGUGGCUGAGCAUGGCCUCAAGUGCCAGUCUGUCCCCCAUCUCAGUACAGGAGCCACCCCCUCGAGACCCUGCAGUAUGGUGACUGCCCUGGAAAUGAGCUUUCACAUUUUUUUGGAAGGAACAUUUAGCUUGAACUACCUAGGCAAAAGCAAUUUUUAAAAUCAGAAGUCUUUGGCCUGGAGUUAAACUACAAGUAGUCAUUAUUUAUUGCUAUUGUGUAUGUGGUUAUUCAGUUUAUCAUCUAAUGAAAAUGUUGGUUUUACCAGUAAGCUAAAUUGAAAACUGCUUCUUACUGUCUGUUCUGCACAUUUUUAUAACUUAUCUUGUUAGUCUGUCUACAUAAGCAGUUUGACUCCCCCAAAUAGCAGUGCCUAGGUCUGUGUUCCCCUGUAAUGCUACUUACAUGGCCAGAUGUCGUCCCAGCACAUAAGUCUUCCCCUAAGACCAAAGGUUUAGCAGUAGUUUCCUAAUAUUAAAAUUACUUAAUAUAUUGUUUCAUUUCAUAAUGAGCCAGAUUGUUAAUUCAUUUUAUAAUCUAUAAUACUUAGGAGAUUAAAAACUUUCCUUCUCCUGUGACUAGGUUAAAAGCUGCCUCAUACUGCUAUUUUUAAAUUAAUGAUUUUGCUCUUAAUUCCUACUCUGCCUUUUAUAUGUCUGCUACCUUAAAGUGGCCAAAGACUAAAGUUGUGCUUUUUUUGAUCAUCAGGUAGAUGGUGAGGGUAACUGCUAAGUGUCUGUGGCUAGAGUGGUUUGUUAUAUGACUGACUUGUUAAUGUAGGUUGCAACUGUAAGAUAACACAUUUCAGCAGCUGUGCAUCGUAUUAAAUUUUCUAGCACCACACGUGAGUAUGUUGAUGGACUUUUGUUUUCUUCUCUUAAUGUAAAGCUUGAGUUUUGGUGCCAAGUUAUCUUUUCCACAUGAGCUUCUGCUUCUGGCUUAUGUGGUAGUCCUUGGUAAUUGCCAUUUUCACACCUCAAAGUCGAAAUACACAGGCUCAAAUCCCAGUUCUGUAAGCACACUAAAUGUUUGUGUACCUUAAAGGACCUCGAGCUGUAUCUAAGCAUGUUGAACUCUAUUGAACUUCUGAAUCAGUCUCACAUGAUGUGGAAGGCAGGGCAGAUACCAGUCUCCCCUCUAUAGAACAUGGCUUCAUUAGAAGUUGUGUGUUUUAUGGCAACCAGAUCUAGUGGGGUACCUUUGAAAUAAUUACUGUGUUCACCCCAGAGCAGCCUCCCUGCUCAGGAGACGGCUGAAGCAGCAGCAGAGGGCUGAGAUAAGAGCUCCUUCCCCGUAUGUAGAGACAGGCUGAGUUGUCUGUGAUGAUAGGCCAGCCACAGUUGCGGUUGUGCCCUGUGGAUCUGCUAGGCUUUCAUGGUCACUGAAGCGGGUGCAUGUGCUUCACCUGGAGCCUGCCUACAGGCAGGGUUAGCACCAGGCCAAACACAUAUGGGCACACUUAGAUGUGUGAGUUCUCUUGUAACUUUUUAUGGGCAAAGUGUAACCAAGUGUUAGCCAUUCGCUUCUGAAGUUGAUGGUUAAUUCACCUCCACACAUCUGUCCUUGAACAUCAGUCCUGCUGGGAGAUGUCUCAGACUCAUUGGGACAGUCGGUCUGAUGCCUCAGUGCUUGGAGUCCUUUCCAUCCUCACAGGCUUGCCACUUGCCUGACUGAAGGGUCUCUGGUCUUGCCGCUGCUUUUUCCUCCACUAGGACAGCGGGAUGGAGGCGGUUGUGCAGGUCUGCCCACAGGCAGGAGCAGUCAGUGAUGACAGGGCUCAGAAUUAUUUUAUUAAAUUAUUUAUUAAAUAUCUUAAAUGACAUAGAUUUCUGUAUUUCUUUAACUGUUGCGUUUAUAUUAAAUUGGUGUUUUAAAAACAAACAGACAAUUUAUAAAUACUCAUUUUUCUUUCUGAUAAAUCAUAGUGGAACAUGCUAAGUAUUUUAACGUAUGCAAACAAUAAUUGUGGUUCACUUGCAAUGCUAAUCAUCCUCAGUAAUGUUGAACUUGAAAUGAAAACUUGGCACCAAACUUAUUCAGGUAGAAACUUUUUAAAAAAUAGUUUCUUCCUAUUGUUAACUGAAGAGUGCAUUUAUGAAAGUCUUCAUGAUUAUGUGUUUGGAUACCAAAGGGUUAAAAAUACACCUGUAUUUCUUUGACUGCAAUAACAGAUGUUUGCUAAUGUUUUGACUGUAUAAAUAGACAUUUAGUAAAUGUUUUUAUUUUUUUAUCUUUUUUUAAUGAUUCCAUUUAUUUGCUUAUUUCCAUCUAGGAAUAGUUACUAAUGUAUUUGCGAUACAGCAUACCAAAUUUUAAAGUAACCAGAAUCGUGAGUUGAUGGUUUUUAGUCCAUACUGUUAAACUUUUGUUGAAAUAUUGACAUAAAUUGGCUUCAUGCUGAAGUUACUAGAGGUGCCUCUUACAGACAGCACUAACGCAGUGGAGGUGGUCACACACCAGUGGCCUGGCUCUGUGACUGCCCUGCACCUCAUGUGUGUAUGUAUUUUUAAUCCAGUGUUGCCUGCAAAUGUGAUCCCUUAUGAUUGACGUUUCCUGUGUAUGAACCAUGCCCGUUUUAAGUCACGCAGAAGAUUCUGAAUCUGUCAAAACUACACAUGUCAAUGUUUUACAGCUACGUAAUUCGAAUUGACUUGGUUUUUUCAAGUAAUCCUAGAAAGGGGGAGCAUUCACAUAGAAACCGCUGAAACUGCCACAGGUGCUUCUCCGAAACCUUACGGUUGUGGCAUUGAAUGUUCAGUAUGGCUUCCCUUCUGCACACAAGCAUACUGUUGAGCCUGAGAAAUGCCAGUGGCCUGACCGCAGCAGACAUUGCACAAACCCAGGGUUUCCAAGAGUGCACCCAGUUUCUCUUGAGCCUCCAGAGCCAUCACAUGGGCCGUUUCUGUCAGAAUGGCACCUUGAGUGGAGGUCAUGAGAACAUACUUCCCAAUCACAUUAGCCUGGGAACAAAUCGAAAGAGAUGCUUGGAAGACUCAGAAUCUUUGGGAGUAAAGAAAGCUAGAACCGGAGUUCCCAGCCUGGAUCACACCGUGCCACUAGCAAAUGGCGAGGCUGAAGAGGACGCCGACAGAAUGCACGUUGACAGAGAGUUUGCUGCCGUAUCAGAUGUGAAAAACAGUAGCUCCGUGUUGAAUACAUUGACAAAUGGAAGUGUCAUCAAUGGACAUUUGGACUUCCCCUGCGUGACACAGCUCAAUGGGAUGGAGAGCAGGAGUAACCCGUGCUUAACAGGAUCUAAUGGAAUUAGCAAUGGACAGCCAUUUCCCAGUGGCCAGGGUUCGGUCUGUGCUAAUGGGACUGAGGAGCCAGAAAAGACCAUGGGCAUUAACCCUGAGAUGUGUGGGUCUCUGCAUCUGAAUGGGAGCCCAAGUAGCUGUGUGGCCAGCAGGCCGUCCUGGGUUGGGGAUGUGGGAGAGAACUUGCACUAUGGACACUACCAUGGGUUUGGGGACACUGCCGAGACCAUCCCAGAGCUGAGCAGUGUGCUCGAGCACUCGAGCUGUGUGCGGGUGGAGCAGCGUUAUGACAGUGCCGUCCUGGGCACCAUGCAGCUGCACCACGGCUCCUGAGCCCGGCCUGCCUUGGCUCCACCGCAGAGAGUCCUUGGGUCCUUCACGCAGUUCCCGUGAGUGCUGCUGUAGCAGAGGGCUUCCCCGCGCAAGGCGUUUCUCACGGGCGGUAUGCUCCUGCAAGAGCACUUGGGGGCUUCACCUUUUUUUGACACCAGCCUUUUGUUGUUUCUUUGUGAAUUCUAGUGGAUCAGGAUGACUUGGGUUAGUAAAUGAGGUGCCUGGUAAUUGUCAAUCCUUUACUAGACAACACAGCUCUUCCUGUGCAGGGUGCAACCUUACAGCGGUGUUGGCAGCGACCUAGGAAGAGCAGUGUCAGUAGCCAGGGCCCACUAGUCUCCCUGUUUCCUGUGUAGACCACUGCCUGUGUUUCCUUAGGAGCAGGCUCUGCCUGGGGUGGAUUAGGGUGGUUGUGUUUUUACUCCACAUUUCUACUUGGUCUCUGGACUUUUUACCACAGAUAAUGGUUUCCUUUCUAUUUAGUGGAAGUCGCUGUUUGUAGGAACUGUCAGGUCAGAAUAUUUUACUAUGGUGACCUAUUUUUUUGUUACUGUUUUUUGAGGUUUUCUGCUUAAAUAUAUAUACUACUAAAUAUCCAGUUAACUGAGAGAAUUUUGGAUUUCUCUUAUUAAAACUGCAUUAAAUUUAUGGUUUUAUAGAAAUUAGCUUUUGUUUAGGCAACUAGUGGUUACAUGGCAAAUACCGCAAUGACUUCUGAUUUUUGUAAUAACAAUUGGUGCAGAUAAACUGUGAGAUGAAGAAACCAAUGCUUUAAGGAUGUACUAGCAUUUUGUUUUUAAACUGUUCUUUACAAAUUGAAUUAAAAAACAAA